CUAAAUUGUCAUAUUGACGUGACAGUCUGGUGACAGAGCGCCACGGUAAAAUAAAAAUAACGCUGAUGCGACCAAAUAAAAACAUCACCAACUAAACAACAAUAAUGGCUAAAAGAGCAAAUCCUUACAUGGAAGAUUAUAUACCUCAAAGCAAAGUCCACGUAGGAUUAAAACAAUUCAACAACAACGAAUAUCGCUUGAAAGACGUCUACGAAAAAACUCUAGACAAGCUGUAUAAGGGUGCUAAGAAAGUAACUAGUAGUGAUAUUGUCAACGCUUGCGAUACACAAACUAUUAGAAAAGACAAAAUGAAACAGCUGUUUUUAGGCAAGGACGGAAGCCUGUUGCAUUCUGGAAAUAUAGUAGAAAACAAACCAGAAGCUAAACUAUGCAGCUGUGGAGGUAACUCAGAAGGCCAGUGCAGCUACUGUGAAAAGGCACUGUGUGUGAACUGUCAACACAGCUGCUCUCUCUGCAGUCUGACGCACUGCAGCCAGUGCAUGCUAAUGGGGUCUGAAAGUUCCGAAGUAUGUGUGUCUUGUUAUGGUUAAAGGUAAAUUAUUAUUUAUAAUAAGUAGAUAAAUUUUUAAAGACUGUUAUUUGUUAAAAUGUAAUGUUUGUUUGAGGUUGUAAGAAUAAAUGAAAUACAUAUUUCAUGGUUUAUGUAUAAUGUAACAAAAGUCAUACACCUUUGCAUCCAACACUUUAAAGUAUACAAACAAUAUGCAAAAUGUACAAAUAAUUGUUAUAAAUAAACAUACAUACGUCACAACUGAGAAGUGUUACUAGUCACUGAUAUUUAGGACUCAAGAAUAGUGAUGCUGGCAAUAAAUAUCUGUGGACAUAUUGUAUGACUGAGCACAUGUAAUAAGUGUGUAGACGGGUACUAGUCUGCAAAUAAACACAAUUUAUAUGUGUAUUAAUUAUUUGAAAAUUGUAAGGAACACUUUGAGACUAAUAACAGGUUAACUGACGCAACAGAGUAGAAAUUUCAAUGCAGUCUACAGAUAUUCACCACUAGCAGUAUAUAAAAGUAAAUGUAUGAUUUAUAUUCAGUUAGGAUUUUCAUUUCAAUUAAAUUGUGCAAAAAGCCACUAUAGUAGGCAUUAGAACUUUUUAAAACCAAAUACAAAUGUAGUUCAACAUACAUUUAAUUUUUUUAAUUAGUUAUGCAAACAGCUGUACAGGGGUCAAUGACCUGCUGUGUCAUAAAGUUUUCAUAAACUAUCACUCUUCCUAGGACUUUAUAACAGUGACUAGUGUGUUAACUUUUACCUGAAGUGCACAAGUAGCCUUUACUCAAAACUACACUUUAUUAUGGAAUUAUAUUAAUAGUGCAUAAUGUAAAGUAAUAAAAAAUGUUUCAUCAUUGCAUGGUGUAACUUCUACUACAACUAUGUCCUUCAUAGGUUUCCAGAACUAUGCCAAUAGACCUUAAAAUAAUAUAAUUAUUGCUGUAGUUACUGUUCCAUAAAAGUAGGGAAAUAUGUUUAUUUGUCAUUUAUAUAACUUUGAACUGUACUGUUACGAGCAAACAUUUUAUAAUGAGAAUCCAUAUUAAUAAAUGUAUUAAGUACUUCUAAGAA